GAUGCGGCUGCUCUCUUUUGCACUCUCUCCCCUAAAUGUUUACACCGCUUUAAGAGUUUACUAAGAGCACGAGACUCACAUGUUUGCAGCUAUGAUGAAUCGUUAAAAAAAAUAUAAAAAAAAAGAACUUUCUUCUUUUUCUUCGUUUGGUCUUUGGAAAGUGUUGGUCUGACUGCGAUAAGAGCGACACAUUAACACUGGAGCUCCUGGCUGGAAAGGACCAUGCCCACUCUGCAGAGCUCCGCCCCCUUGCUGCUCUUCAGCUUCCUGAUUGGUCUGAGCUUCUCUCUGAACCCCAGAGACCCCAAUGUGUGCAGCCUGUGGGAGAGCUUCACCACCUCAGUGAAGGAGUCCUACUUUCAUCCUUAUGACCAUGUGACAGAGGAGCCCUGCUCGGACCCUCGGACCUCCUACAGAUGCACGCGCCACAGGAUCACAUACAAGACGGCCUACAGGCAGGCGGUGAAGACCGACUACCGAAAGAGGUACCAGUGCUGUCCGGGUUACUACGAGAGCAGAGACAAAUGUGUCCCUCGCUGUACCAAGGAGUGUGUCCACGGUCGAUGUGUCGCCCCGGACCGCUGCCAGUGUGAGGGAGGCUGGCGAGGAGACGACUGUUCCAGCGCCUGUGAUGACAAACACUGGGGUCCGGCCUGCAGCCAGCAGUGCAAGUGUGAGAACGGAGCGCUGUGCAAUCCCGUAAAGGGGGCGUGUCAGUGUCUUCCGGGGUUCAUUGGACUAUACUGCGAGGAGUCGUGUCCAGCAGGGACCUUUGGUAAAGGCUGUCUGCAGAGGUGCAAGUGUGGAACUGGAGGAUCCUGCGAUAAAGCAACAGGAGAGUGUUUAUGUCGGGAUGGAUUCACUGGGACUUUCUGUGAGAAAGCGUGUCCCAGAAGAUGUCAGGCACGCUGCCCCUGCCAGAACGGUGGUAUCUGCAAGGGCAAAGGGGUCUGUGACUGCCCCCCUGGGUGGACGGGUGCGGUUUGCACGGAGCGCUGCCCAGAUGGACGGUUUGGAUCAAACUGUGCUGACGAGUGUGUUUGCCACAACAGGGGCAAAUGUGACCCUGAAAAUGGACAGUGCCAGUGUGCUAAAGGCUUCACCGGUAGUAGAUGUAAUGAGGAGUGUGCUGCAGGCUCGUACGGUCAGGACUGCAAAGGUGUGUGUGACUGUGCGAACGGUGCUCGCUGCUACAACAUCGACGGAGGCUGCCUGUGUGAGCCGGGGUUUCACGGUCCACACUGCAGGGACAGGAUGUGUGCACCGGGCAAAUAUGGCAUGCACUGUGAACGCACGUGUCUCUGCCAGGACAAACACACACUCAGCUGCCACCCAAUGAAAGGAGAAUGCACCUGCCAGCCUGGGUGGGCUGGGCUGUUCUGUAACGAGACCUGCGCUCACGGUUUCUACGGUCACGGUUGCCUGGAGCCGUGUUUGUGUGUGAAUGGAGGGGUGUGUGAUAGUGCAACAGGUCAAUGCAAGUGUGCACCCGGGUUCACGGGGGUUCACUGUGAGAAUCCAUGUAAAAGUGGCACCUAUGGCAAGAACUGCUCUCUGGAGUGCUCCUGCAAAAACGUUGUCGACUGCUCGCCUGUUGAUGGGACCUGCUUCUGUAAAGAGGGCUGGCGGGGGUCGGACUGCUCCUUCCGCUGCUCUGAGGGAACCUGGGGUCCAGGAUGCAACGCCACCUGCCACUGCACCAAUGGGGCAAAAUGUAAUCCUGCAGAUGGAACCUGCACCUGCACAGCCGGCUGGAAGGGGGCACGCUGUGACCAACCAUGCCCGAUGGGCACGUUCGGGCCAGGCUGCCUGAAGAGGUGUGAUUGUGUUCAUGCAGACGGCUGCCAAGCAACAACCGGGGAGUGCCACUGUCUGCCAGGCUGGUCGGGUUCACGCUGUAACCAGCCGUGUUCAGAGGGUCUGUGGGGGCGUCACUGUAACCAGACCUGUUUAAAGCACUGUCCCAACAGUGACACGUGUGUGAGGGAAACUGGAGCAUGUGUGUGUCGCGCAGGCUACUGGGGAGUCACCUGUCAAAACAAAUGCCGAGCUGGUAUGUAUGGAGAGCAGUGCAGCAUGUCGUGUCCAUCCUGUGGUCAGUCGUACCGCUGCCACCAUGUGACCGGAGAGUGUGACUGUCUACCUGGGUUCACUGGAGCCAACUGUGACCAAGUUUGUCCUGCUGGCUACUUUGGAAAACAGUGUUCUGAAGUUUGUAUAAACUGUGCCAACAACUCCACAUGUGACCACCGGGACGGCCACUGUGAAUGUUUGCCCGGCUGGACCGCGACGGACUGCUCCAUACCCUGUAGUCCAGGACGCUUUGGUCCGUUCUGUACUCAGACCUGCUCCUGUCCAACCAACCUCAUCUGUGACCGAUUCACUGGAGACUGUGUGUGUGAAGGUGGAGGAGACGAGUGCAAAGAAGACUCCUCUGUGCAGUCGGGGAGCGUUAUGGUUCCUCUUCCUCCCGGCGAGAGGGAGUCGUGGGGAGCCAUCGCUGGCAUCGUGGUGCUCGUCAUACUGGUGGUGUUGCUGCUGGCUCUGCUGCUGCUCUACCGCCGCAGGCAGAAGGACAAGCAGAACAACACGCCGACUGUUUCCUUCUCCACCGCACGCACCGUCAACUCUGAAUACGCUGUUCCAGAUGUUCCUCACAGUUACCAUCAUUACUACUCCAACCCCAGCUACCACACACUGAGCCAGAACCGACCUCCACUGCCCCACCUGCCCAACAACCACGACCGCACCAUCAAGAACACCAAUAACCAGCUGUUCUGCAGUGUGAAAAACAUGGAGCGGGAGAGGCGGGGCUUGUUUGGGGUCGAGAGCAAUGCCACUCUACCUGCGGACUGGAAACACCACGAGCCCCGCAAAGACUCAGGAGCUUUUGGAAUCGACCGGAGCUACAGCUACAGUGCCAGCCUCGGAAAAUAUUACAACAAAGAGCUGAAGGACUCGGUGGCGGUGAGCAGCAGCUCUCUGAACAGCGAGAACCCGUAUGCCACCAUCAAAGACCUGCCGGGCCUGCCCUUCUGCCCCCCGGAGAGCAGCUACAUGGAGAUGAAGUCAGCCGUGCCGCGAGAGCGAGCAUACACAGAGAUCAGCCCGCCGUUCAACACAGCCACUUUACGCAGAGAGCGCCAGAGUUCUCUCGGCCACCCUCCACACGAGGACCCCCAGAGCCACUACGACCUCCCUGUGAACAGUCACAUCCCAGGACAUUACGACCUACCGCCACUCCGCCGACCCCCCUCCCCAUCCCUGAGGAGGAGUCCUCAGUGACAGCCACAGCAGCAGAUUGUAGUCCUGCUCCUCCCUUAAAGGGAUGAUUGCUAAUGAAGAGCGAACUGUACCUGUUCAUCAGAUCUGUACAACACCCACGGAGCAGUAGCAAGGCAUCUGUCCCACCAAGGGGCUUUGUUUACUGUGGAGGUCCCCCUUUUAACUCCACACUGCCCCCCUGUGGGCUGAAGUGGUACUCGCUGCACCAGGACAGACUUGUCAUCCUGACAGAGGAGCCAGUAUCUGCAGGGAAGAACGCUGGACUGUUGUGACACCAACGUCUCAUUUGUCUCCCACGGGAAAAGACUAAAAGGCUAAAAGCAGCAACCGGGGAAGUUUAAAGUGUUUGAACUCGUUUCAGCAGGCUCUUAAGUUCUACCACACAAUGGGCUUGUUUCGUCUUUAAGCCCCUUUUCAAAAGUAAUGUUUUUAUUAUCUAAAGUGAUAAGUUUGGACUUACAGUUUUCAUUCUGCUUCUGAAUGGUUAAAUUCAGGUCUCAUACAUUUUUUAUAUCUGCAAUUCAUGAUGAACUCAUCACUGCUGGACUUUCUUUUGAUAUCCUCAUUGGGAAACCUUGGGAACCUCAAAAAGAGACAAAGGUCAUUGAAAUGUAUAACAAUGGGAAAAAAAAAUCAAAAAUCCUCAAUUUCAGGAAUCUUGAAAGUCACGUAUUUUAAAGUAGUAAGUAAAAGAUUUGCUUUUCAAUGUUUCACUCCAUUUGGCAUUUAGAUACAUAUUGAUAAUGAUGAAUGUUUUGCUGCUCUCUUAUGGAAACUUUGUAAAUAUAGAAAAAUAUAUUGUUAUCUUUACUGUUAUGAAGAGCGGCCCUAUUAUCACAUGGUCAUAUUUUGACAGGGUUUGUGUGACCAAAGAUCUGAAACAUUUUGGUAAUUAAUUAAUGAAGCUCGCUGCCAUGACAUGACAGUAUUAUGAAUUUUAACACAAAGUGUUCUAGAGCUACUUGUUUUCUGUUUUUGGUAUUUAAAGGGCCAGUUCACCUGAAACACAUAAAACAGUUUACCACUUCUGCAUUGGUUUUUUCAAGAGUUGUCCAUCCAAAAUUAAUAAACAAAUCAAGCUGCAGAAUCACAUACAGGUAUACUGUGUGUGUAUAUAUAUAUAUAUAUAUAUAUAUAUGUAUAUAUUACCUAUCCCUAGAAUUCUUACUUGUCUAAACUUCAUCCAGAUUGUCUUCAUUUUCAGGCUGACUCAAGUGACAUCACUUUAUCAUAUCGGACACAGCUCUCUCGGACCAAAGGCUUUAUCGAACCAUUCUUUUUUCCUUUCUUUUUUAAAGUUGUUUUUUGGACAUUUUAGCAGCUGAAGAGAGACAUUAAAUGUUAGGAGAGGGGGGGGUUGGAGGAUGACAUACAGCAAAGGACCGAGGUUGGAUUCGAACCCAUGGCCGCUGCAAUGAGGUCUAUAGCCUCUGUACAUGAAACGCGCGACAUAACCGCUUUGCUAUCGGCGCCCCUUUUUUCAAACUUUUUUCAUAUAUUCAGUACUGCUCUCAAAGACCUGAAAACAGACUUUAAUGUACAAAACAGGCGCGCUUCCCCUUUAAAUCUAAGACAUUAACACACUGAUGUUUGUCUCUGAUUCUUCUGCUGCAUCAUUGAUUUCAUAAUACAUUGUUUGUACGACAGCCAUCCAACUGUUCAGACUCACAGGAACACUGUAAGAGAGGAAACUGUAAAACAUGUUAAAUAUGGUUUUGGGUCAUGGGUGAAUUGGCUGUUUCAUUGGCUGGUUAGUCUUUUUUGCUGCAGUUAUAAUGUUGUUAAUUAUUGCAGACAGAAGUCGAUCACUAUUUUUCUAAAUUGAUUUGCCAACUAAAAUUCUUGUGUCCUGUUCAUUUUCUGAAAAAUGUAAUGUUUGGUAUAAUAUUCAGAUCCAAGAAGUUGUGCUGUAAAUACAAACCCUGUGUACCAGAAGAAUGUACAUCACGCUAUAGUUUUGAGUUUUCGCUUUUUUUUACAACGCAAGGCCGUAUAUUUUUGAAUGUAACCAUAGUAACAUGUGUAUAAUGUAAAUAAAAUGGCUGCACUUUU